AUCCACCUGCCUUGGCCUAAAGUGCUGGGAUUACAGGCGUGAGCCACCGCGCCCGGCAGGAAUUCUUUAGUCCAACAUUUGUGGUGCAAACUUUGAGGUUUUGAGCAAAUAACUUCUUUCUUUCUUUCUUUUUUUUUUUUUUUGAGAAAAUAUUUGAGAUAGCCCAGGGCCUCUCUCUGGAGCCGCAUCCCCUGCCCGUGUUGGCUUAUCAAGUUGGCACUGAAGUUGGAUCUCUAAAAUGUUCACCAAGAAAGUCAACUCCUUCAUGUACUUUUAGUACUUAAAGCAUGUGUUUUUAUCUUUUAAAUCCAUGUUCAGCGUCGUGACACUUCAAGAGGUGGGCAGAUUAUUCAUUUGUGAAUAAACAGCAUUUAUGAGAAAUUUGGAGAAAUUUGAUGUUGGAGAGACACGAAGAAUCCUGAGCUUUCCAAAACAGACUGAAUGAAAAUGCAAGCUCCUGGAGCAGGGGCCUCUGCUGGAUGUUCGGAAUCAUGGGGCUGGUAGGGCCAGAAGUCUGUACUUUCAUAACAGCCAAAUUAUCUAAAGUAUAUAGUCAUUCCCAGUCCAAACUCUCUAAAUUCUGGAGAGAAAAAAUCUAAAAAUGGCAUAUUCGGAUUAUGUUAUUCUAGCUUCCUGUAGAAAUCAGGCUUCAAGGAGCAUACAGCCAUUCUUAUCAACAUGAGACACUGAUUUUUAGGCAAUAUCUGUACCUUUCAUAAAGCUGGCUAAAAGCAUCAGCCAGUAUUUAUAUAAGAAUCCAUGUCUGUUCUUUUUUCCCAAAAAUCCUAGAGCAGUUGGUUCCUCAGAUAAACCUGUGUGUUUCUUUUAUCCAGUAAAAGCAGCGCAUCCAGAGGUACUUGUUUCCUGGCCUUCUGCGAAGCCCACAGAUAAAUUAGGUCUCAUCUGGAAACGUCCCAUUUCAAAAGGCCUGCGGUAUCUGUGCCUACCGAUCAAUUUACCGCCUCACUUUAAAAUCAUUUUGCAGCUUUCCUCCGUCUUGAAGUAGAACGGUGCCCGAGAAGCGUUUUGCCCCUUCAAGACUCAGGAGGAUGAAAGUCAUCACUUGUGAAAUAGCCUGGCACAACAAGGAGCCCGUGUACAGCCUGGACUUCCAGCAUGGGGCGGCCGGGAGGAUCCACAGACUAGCGUCUGCCGGCGUGGACACCGCUGUCAGGAUCUGGAAGGUAGAAAAGGGACCAGAUGGAAAAGCCAUCGUGGAAUUUUUGUCCAAUCUUGCUCGUCAUACCAAAGCCGUCAAUGUCGUGCGUUUUUCUCCAACUGGGGAAAUUUUAGCAUCGGGAGGAGAUGAUGCCGUCAUCCUGUUGUGGAAGGUGAAUGAUAACAAGGAGCCGGAGCAGAUCGCUUUUCAGGAUGAGGACGAGGCCCAGCUGAACAAGGAGAACUGGACAGUUGUGAAGACUCUGCGGGGCCACUUAGAAGAUGUGUAUGAUAUUUGCUGGGCAACUGACGGGAAUUUAAUGGCUUCUGCCUCUGUGGAUAACACAGCCAUCAUAUGGGAUGUCAAUAAAGGACAAAAGAUAUCAAUUUUUAAUGAACAUAAAAGUUAUGUCCAAGGAGUAACCUGGGACCCUUUGGGUCAAUAUGUGGCUACUCUGAGCUGUGACAGGGUGCUGCGAGUGUACAGUAUGCAGAAGAAGCGUGUGGCUUUUAAUGUUUCGAAGAUGCUGUCUGGAAUAGGUGCUGAAGGAGAGGCAAGAAGCUACCGGAUGUUCCACGACGACAGCAUGAAGUCUUUCUUCCGUAGACUGAGUUUCACUCCCGAUGGAUCUUUGCUCCUCACGCCAGGUGUGGAGCUGAUGACUCUGCCCUACCGCCUCGUGUUUGCUGUGGCCUCGGAGGACUCCGUGCUUCUGUAUGACACCCAGCAGUCCUUCCCUUUCGGUUACGUGUCUAAUAUACAUUACCACACGCUCAGUGACAUUUCAUGGUCCAGUGAUGGCGCCUUCUUGGCCAUUUCUUCCACGGACGGUUACUGCUCGUUUGUGACAUUUGAGAAAGAUGAACUUGGAAUUCCUUUGAAAGAGAAGCCAGUUUUGAGCAUGAGAACUCCUGAUACAGCAAAGAAAACCAAGAGUCAGACACAUCGAGGGUCUUCGCCAGGACCCAGACCGGUAGAGGGAGCCCCUGCCAGCAGAAGCCAAGACCCCAGCAGCCCCGGCACAACCCCUCCUCAAGCCAGACAGGCCCCAGCCCCAACAGCCAUCAGAGACCCUCCCUCCAUCACUCCUGCUGUCAAAAGCCCCUUGCCGGGGCCUUCAGAGGAGAAGACCCUGCAGCCCAGUAGUCAAAACACAAAAGGCCACCCAUCCCGGAGGGUCACUCUGAACACACUGCAAGCCUGGAGCAAGACAACGCCCCGGAGAAUAAACUUAACACCCUUAAAGACAGACACUCCACCAAAUUCUGUACCAACCAGUGUGAUUUCCACCCCUUCUACAGAAGAAAUUCAGUCAGAGACGCCUGGAGACACUCAGGGCAGCCCCCCAGAGCUAAAGCGGCCCAGACUCGAUGAAAACAAAGGAGGCACGGAGAGUCUGGACCCUUGAUGGGACCUCGGCUUCUGCCUGACACUUACCAGGCCCCCGGUGUGUGCAGGGAGACGGUGAAGCUGGAGGUGCCUGAGACCAGGGCUUCCGUGGAGUGGGACAGACACUGUAAAUGGAUUUCUGUAACAGAAGUGACAUGUGUACUGAUUUUUCUCCAGAAAUAUGGAUGCCGUUGUAUUCAGUAUCCAUUUUUAACUUGGGGACAUGAACAUCUUAACAUUGUAAAUCCUCUUUUUGAUGAGUUUCUGAAACUGGAGCGGUUCACCGUUAUCCCGUGUGAAAAUCGGUGAGUCCUCCCUGGCAUCCUCGUGAAAGUGCACACACUUCAUGGAGGGACUCCUUUUAAAUAAGAAUUAGGAAGAGGAGAAAGUAAUUUGAGAUUUUACUCUGUUGAAUUUUAGAGUAUUUGAAGUGAUUGUUAGAUUUCACUUCUAAGGAGUUUAUUGAUUAAACUUUGGAAGGUA